GCUGUCAAGCAUCAGCCUUUAAAAUGUAAAUACGAUAUGAUCAUCGUCAUCAUCAAUCGCUGCAGAAAUUUCCUGAACCAAAGUGGUAGCAAUUUUGUUUCAAAUUGAGCCAGUAUGGACGUUCUGGACACCUAUUAUAACAAGGAGGAAUACGUGGAAACUGCCUCCGGCAACAAGGUCAGCAGGCAAACUAUCCUUUGCGGUUCUCAAAAUAUCGUCCUCCAUGGUAAAGUGAUAGUGCAAAGUGGGGCUAUCAUUCGGGGCGACCUGGCUGCUGUGAGAACUGGCCGGUACUGUGUAAUCUCGAAAGGAUCCGUGGUGCGACCACCCUAUAAGCAGUUCAGCAAAGGUGUGGCAUUCUUUCCACUUCAGAUCGGCGAUCAUGUGUUCAUUGGGGAGGGGGCCAUCGUGUCUGCGGCGUCCAUCGGGUCCUAUGUCUACAUUGGAAAGAAUGCGGUCGUUGGUAGACGAUGCGUACUGAAAGACAAUUGUGUCAUUGAAGACGGUGCGAUUCUGCCUCCGGAGACGACAGUUGCAAGCUACAUGAGAUACACAGUUGACGGGAAAAUAGAAGGCGGCCAGGGUAAUCCGGAUUUUGUCCCACACGCAAUGCAAGACCUGAUGGUGGAAUACACUAAGUCUUAUUAUGAGCAUUUCAUCCCAGCAAGUGGAGCUUGAGUACAUAAGAUGUUAUGCUAUUUAACUAAUAAGGUGUAGUGGGGCAAGUGAUUUCGCGAAAGGGAAAAUGUCUUAAGUCAUUUAUUCUUCAGUACUUCUCGUAAAAAUAUGCUUGUGAUGACUUUGGGGAAAUCAUCCCAUUUCAAUUAUCCACACUGUAUCUUUCCUUAUUUAUUUUAUUAACAUAUCUGUUGCAUUCUCCAUAGUUGUAUAUUUGGGAAUAUUUUCUAUUUUUCACGACAAACAAAAUUUUUUUUUUUUUGAUUAUAUUCGUAUUAAAUCAAAACAAACAAAAAAUAUAAUCUUGAUUCAUCAAUUAAACUUAGAUGACAUAUCAUCUUCCUUACAUUUAGGGAUUCGUCAAAUUAUAUUUCUAUGAAAUUGCCAUCAAACCCAAUAUUGCGU